GCGCGCGCUGCACCCACCGCGUCCGUGCGGGUCCCGCGCAUAGAUGCACGUGUGCGACUAUUUUUCUUCCGUCAUCUAACACGGAAACACGUGCGAUCAAGUUGGAUCUCACAACGGGGCGCGACAGCUCACCCGUCGCUCACGUGGACACGCAGGUGUAAUUCUCGAAGUCGAAACAGCUGUUCCAUGAUGUUCUCCACAUUUCCGCUAUGCAUUCGAAAUGCACAUUAGGCUGCGAACUGCAUAUGCGCGAUGUUCCGUUGUGACGCUCCGCGAGUGUUUCGAAAAUUUUGACUCGACGUGAAUGGAGAUUGUUAUUUUAGAGCAUUUUUCUUGCGCAAAAAUGGAGAAUAGAACUGCGUGAUUAGAAUUCUUUUGCUGGUCAUGGUUUAUUACUGCGUAAAAUGAUAUAGUUGCCAACAGCAAUAAUUAUAACUUACAUUAACAAUUGUACAGAAGAUUAUCUGUGUAAAACAAUUUUUUUUAAGUUAUAGAAAUGUCAAUAAAGAAUUUGAAAGCGGUGGAUAUCCUGGAAGUUCUAGAGUCAAAGCUCGCGUAUAUUCCAGGCGGUCGUGAUCGCGACGGACGUCCUUUGAUAGUAAUUAAUGUUCCACCAGAACUCGAUCCGUCAACAAAACCGAAAUUAGAAUCCGUUAUUUCGUAUUUUAUGUCUAUUUUCAGCGAGGAAACGAAAGAGAACGGAUUGGUACUAAUUGUGGACGCGCGUAGCGGUGCAUGGCGCGUAGCUAGGUCCUGUAUUAGAUUGGCCACGAAUUUGAUCGGAACGAAAAUCGUUUCUGUGAUCGUCGUACGACCCGAUGGUUUCUGGGAUAAACGCGUCGACAGCUGCACCAAGUCGCACAAAGAAGGCGAACCAAUAUAUGUCACCCUAACAAGACUGCAUGUUUAUAUCGAUUUUUCUCAAUUGCCGUAUGAGUUCGCAGGUAACAAACCAUACAAUCACGUUGAAUGGAUUAGGAAACGUAUGAAAAUAGAAGAGUAUUCGAGGGAUGCUUCAGAGCUCGUGUCAAAGAUGACGAGUUUGCAUCAAAGACUAAAUACUCUCGAUGGCAUUCGCAUGACAGAGUCCGACGAUGAUGUGGAAUCAUAUUGGGAAAUCGGCAUAAAAUUGGUGUCAACGGCACGCCAUAUACUUCAAUCAGGUAGAAAUUUAGUGAGUUGUAUGAGUAGAGACACUUCGAAAGAUACUUUGGACACCGUGAAAGAAAUUCACAAACUGCUCGAUUCUAUUGAACUAAAACAGAUGGAUAUUGAAAAUUCGUGGAUGGAAAUGGAAAGAAAUUUGGAUACCGCGAGAGUAAUCGAGGAUCUGGAGCAAGGUGUGUCGAGUGUCACCGAUUGGAUUCUAGGUCCUGCGGACAACAUGUUGAACUCCUGCUGUCAAGUUGGUUUUGACGUUUCUUCGUCCGAGGAACUUCGAAGACAGCACGAAAAGCUGGAACUUCAAUGUCGGGAAACUUACGGACGAUACGCGGAAUUGCUUCAUAAAAUCGACAGUCUUCCUAAGAACAGACUACCUGAGGAUUUGAAAUCUCAAAGAGAUUUCAUGGAUUUCGUUUGCCGCAGUUUCGCUUCGCGACUCGAAAGACGUAGAAACGUACUAAUCACUUCGCAGAGAUUUUUCAGACUGGUUUCGGAGUAUUUCGACAAAACGAGCGAAGUAUUCGAACACUUAGUUAUGGGCAGCAGAAACUACAAUUUCUCUCAGGCGAGCGUGAAACUUCUGACGUUAGAAAAGAGUCAAGCAGUUCUAGACAAUUUAGAGCGCGAACUCGUAAAAGAGGGUGAAAAAUUAUCGGACAUUCUCUCGAUGCCCGUGAAAGACGCGCUCGGUCGAGAAGUUCGUGUGAAUUACGACGAGGAUAUAAUCAAUGUGAAAGACAUACUAGACGCGACAAACGCAAGGAAAAACAUAUUCAACGACAGCGUGGAAUUGCAAAAGCUCUCGUUAAAACAAAUAGCUCUGAUACACAUGUACGAGAGCGAUGCCGAGCAGGCUGUCAAGUGGAUAAAUGAUUUGUUCAACGUUCUUCUUCAAAAUCACAUGGAAGUUGGAUGCAACGCAAAAGAAAUACAAUCGCAAAAGGAAGAGCAUCAGUCCCUUCAGGAAACUGCAAAGGGAACUUAUGAGUAUGGCGGCCAGUUGGUGAACGGCGCGCGCGUACUGAGAUUGUCUUGCAGAAUACCUUUGGAGAUCAACGCCAGUCUCUUCUCGAAGUUGCGGCAAGCUUGGCGGCAAUUUCGAUCCGUUAGUCAGGAACAAUUGACCAGAUUGCGAGUAUGCGCUGUCUUUCACAGAAACGUCGAAGAUCACUGCGUCAGAUUACAAAAUCUGAUGGAAGCGGUAACGAGUCUGCAUCGUGUUGCGAAAGACGAAGACACGGCGGCGAAAUCACGCGUCAGAACGGGCAUAAGAGACGUUCUUGAUAACCGAGAGAAGCUCCUACUGGAGGUUGGUCGAAUGGUGAGACUGGGUCGUCUGCUUAAAACAAGAUUGAAAGAGCCUCUUUAUCAACCAGACGGUGUCAGUCCAUGGCCGACUCUCGUCGAGAUAGCUCCUGCAAAUCUAGAACCGACGCACAAUGACCGAAGCCGCGUCGAUUCUCGGCAGUAACUUGACAGCGGUGGAUGCUAUCUCGGCGAAAUUAGCGGAAGUCGCGCGUCUCGCGGAAAAACUGGAUGCGAGACUAUGCGAGGCUGGAG